AUGGCUACUACUGAAGUUCCUACAUUCAAGUUGGUGCUCGUCGGCGACGGCGGUACCGGAAAGACCACCUUUGUCAAGAGACACUUGACCGGUGAGUUUGAGAAAAAAUACAUUGCCACCUUGGGAGUUGAGGUGCAUCCUUUGGGGUUCCACACCAACUACGGUGAGUUGAAGUUCGACGUGUGGGACACUGCCGGCCAAGAAAAAUUCGGUGGCUUGAGAGACGGCUACUACAUCAACGGCCAGUGCGGUAUCAUCAUGUUCGACGUGACCUCGAGAAUCACGUACAAGAACGUGCCCAACUGGCACAGAGACUUGGUCAGGGUGUGCGAGAACAUCCCGAUUGUGUUGUGCGGCAACAAGGUCGAUGUCAAGGAGCGCAAGGUCAAGGCCAGAACCAUCACCUUCCACAGAAAGAAGAACUUGCAGUACUACGAUAUUUCCGCCAAGUCCAACUACAACUUCGAGAAGCCUUUCCUUUGGUUGGCGCGGAAGUUGGUGGGCAACCCGCAAUUGGAGUUUGUGGCCACCCCUGCCUUGGCGCCUCCCGAGGUGCAGGUCGACAGUGCCAUGAUGCAAAAAUACCAGCAGGAGAUGGACCAAGCCAGUGCGUUGCCUUUGCCCGAUGAGGAUGACGACGACUUGUGA